AUGGACAUGAACAAUGACAAUGUUGAGCAAUACCCAUCAAGAGACAUUCAUUCUCUUGAUGGUGAGAAUGGUGAGGAUGUUGUAGUUAUUGAACAGGCCGAUGCUGCUGUUUGGUGUGAUGCCCAUCAAGAGAAAUUCAUGUUCUUGAUGGAGGAAGAGGUUGGAAAAGGAAAUCGUACAGACAUGACUUUUAAUCCAAUUGGGUGGACACAUAUUGUGGAUGCAAUGUUAUUGGAAACUGGAAAGAAGUACACGAAGGACCAAUGUAGACAAAAAUUCAAUAAUAUAAGAGCACUGUACAAAGAUUGCAAACAAAUAUUAUCUGAGACUGGUGUAGGGUACAACAGUGAAACUGGGAUGAUUGAGUUGGAAGCUGAAAGAUGGGUUCGAUUGUGCAAGGUUCUCAAGCAUGGCAAAAAAAUAAAAAAACAGGGAUGUAAGAAUUAUGAGCAGAUGGUAAGGAUUUUUGGGAAUACACAUGCUACUGGCAAGCAUGUUUAUCCUUCUACAAAGCCACCCAAACCUCACCAAGUGCUAACAAUGCCUCAAGUGGCAACACAUGAAGCUCAAAUUCAUAACACUGAGGGCAAUGCGGGCAUGACUGAUGUAGAAUGA